CCGGUCCUUCGCCGCACGCCCGGGGCAGCUUCCGCUUCCGGCGGAAGUGGAGCCGCAGUUGUUGUUCCGGGCGAGCGGCUCCGCGGAGCCGUUGUCAGCGGCCGCUGCUGCCCAGGCCCGUCCGGCCCGUCCCCGCCGCCGCCAUGUCGGUCCCCAGCGCCCUCAUGAAGCAGCCGCCGAUCCAGUCCACGGCGGGCGCCGUGCCCGUCCGCAACGAGAAGGGUGAGCUCUCCAUGGAGAAGGUGAAGGUGAAGCGGUAUGUGUCGGGGAAGCGGCCCGACUACGCGCCCAUGGAGUCCUCGGAGGAGGAGGACGAGGAGUUCCAGUUCAUCAAGAAGGCGAAGGAGCAGGAGGUGGAGCCCGAGGAGCAGGAGGAGGAACUCGCCAACGACCCCCGGCUGCGGCGCCUGCAGAACCGCAUCGCUGAGGACGUGGAGGAGCGGCUGGCGAGACAUCGUAAAAUUGUGGAGCCUGAAGUGGUUGGAGAAAGUGACUCUGAGGUGGAGGGGGAGGCCUGGCGUCUGGAGCGGGAGGACACAAGCGAAGAGGAGGAGGAGGAGAUCGAUGAUGAGGAGAUCGAGCGUCGGCGUGGGAUGAUGCGCCAGCGAGCGCAGGAGAGGAAGACGGAGGAGAUGGAAGUGAUGGAGCUGGAGGACGAGGGUCGAUCUGGAGAAGAGUCAGAGUCUGAGUCUGAGUACGAGGAGUACACGGACAGCGAAGAUGAGAUGGAGCCGCGUCUCAAACCUGUCUUCAUCCGCAAGAAGGACCGGAUCACGGUGCAGGAGCGGGAAGCAGAGGCACUGAAGCAGAAGGAGCUGGAGCAGGAGGCCAAGCGGAUGGCAGAGGAGCGGCGCAAGUACACACUGAAGAUUGUUGAAGAGGAGGCAAAGAAGGAGUUUGAGGAGAACAAGCGCUCGCUGGCAGCACUGGAUGCGCUCGAUACAGAUGAUGAAAACGACGAGGAGGAGUAUGAGGCCUGGAAAGUACGUGAGCUGAAGCGCAUCAAACGGGACCGCGAAGAACGAGAAGCCAUGGAGAAGGAGAAGGCAGAGAUCGAGCGCAUGCGGAACCUCACAGAGGAGGAGCGCCGCGCCGAGCUGCGCGCCAAUGGCAAGGUCAUCACCAACAAGGCGGUGAAGGGCAAGUACAAGUUCCUGCAGAAGUACUACCACCGUGGCGCCUUCUUCAUGGAUGAGGACGAGGAGGUGUACAAGAGGGACUUCAGUGCCCCAACACUCGAAGACCACUUCAACAAGACCAUCCUGCCCAAAGUCAUGCAGGUGAAGAACUUUGGGCGCUCGGGUCGGACCAAGUACACACACCUAGUGGACCAGGACACCACAUCAUUCGACUCGGCCUGGGGCCAGGAAAGUGCCCAGAACACCAAGUUCUUCAAGCAGAAAGCAGCAGGUGUGCGCGACGUCUUCGAAAGACCCUCCGCCAAGAAGCGAAAAACCACCUAAGGCAGCAGACGGAGGGGGAGGGCACUUCCCUGCCAGCACCAGGACAGAAGGAUGCUGUGCUGUGCAGGACUGUGGUUACAGGCCCUUUCUGUCCCCACGCCACACCUGCCCUUUUGACGCCGUGUCCCGCUCCCUGCGCUGCGCAGAGCUGGCACUCGCUGCCCAGGUGCCGCAGAGGACAAGGGCCUGACCGUGCUGCCCAGGCUGUGGCCACCCCAGUGUCCCACCACCAGCAGUGUCAGGGAGGCUGGGCAGGAGUAGCAACACCCCCGGCUCCAGCACACCGGACCCAGGAGGAACGAACAGACUUUUGUGCCUGUCUGCUCCACAGCAUCUCCUGUUCACUUGUACUUUCCCUAGGGUCAGUUUGGGCCCUUUUUUGGUGCAGAACAGCGGUGACCCCAUCUGCUCACCCUGGUUCUGCAGGCCUGGGAUUUUCUACCUGUGGGGGAGGUUGGUUUGAUUAAAAGUGGUUGUUUUCUUACA